AUGGAAAAGAUGUUUAGUGCUGGCAACCAGACAGCAGAGGCCGGUCUCUCUGUGGCCGAGCUCAUGGUAGACGACAACAUGACCGGCCUUGGGCCCAGCAGGUGUAUGGAAGAGUCAGGCGCCACCUUGAAAACGUGCAUCAUUGCAGUAAUGUGUGGCCUGAUCAUCCUGGGGAACACCGCUGUGUUUCUGGUCAUCUCCUCCUCGGUGUCAGGGUGGUCUGGAAACAGCCGCCAUGUCCUCAUCUCACUGACUGGAGCUGACGCCGCCCUGGCGCUGAUAGUCAUCCCCCUGAACCUUUAUGCGAACAGUGUGCCACAGCUCCGUAACCAAACCGACUCUCCCUUCUGCCACAUCGUGGUGUUUCUGGACGCCAGCAUCCUCACCUCUUCCAUCUACUCCCUGGCCACCAUCAGCAUCGAGCGUUACAUCGCCGUCUUCUUCCCCCUCCGCUACACCAGACUGAUGACCAACUGCAGAAUCAAAGCCCUCAUUGCUCUUGUCUGGCUCUUGCCUCCAGUCCUUUUAUUCCCCAUAUCCAUCCCAGGCGGGAUUGUCAAAGUUUACUUCUCCAACGCGUCCUUGAUCUGCAAUCUGGAUUUUUCCAGCAAUGUGCCUUACACGCUGACGCUGACGGCCUUCAUCUUCUUUCCCUGCUCGCUCAUCAUGACAUUCGCUAAUUGCCGUCUCUGGUUUGCAGCCAGGAGUCAGAGGAAACGGUUUAAGCUGUCAAAGGUGAGCAGGAGGCACGAUGCUGCUUCCAGAAUCCUGCUGCCCGUGGUUAUUGUCUAUUACAUCUGCUGGAGUCCUUGUGUCUGCAACAUGAUCUACCAGGCUCUAACGCACCAGAGGGUACCAGAAUGGUUGGAAUUUGUUGCCUUAUGGUUGCCAUGUGGAAAUGGCUUCUUCAACUGCAUCGUAUACUUCUGGUUAAACAAGAGUUUCAGAAAAAAGUUCCAAGAAAUGGGACAAAAGCUUUGCUGGUCCAAAUCUCAGUUGUAG